AUGCCAAGUUCGGCGAAUGUUGUUCACUUAUUGCGAAGCCAUAGACAUUUUUAGUUCAGCAAUAUUUAACCAUAGUAUUUGGCUAGGUUGCAUCUCAAGCCGAAUUUUGAAUAAAAAAUCAAUCAAUACGUCGCAAUGGAAAAAUUACAUGAAUAUCAAGGAAUAACCGGCCGACUCCACCAAUUGAGAGAUAAUAUUAAAGAGAAAUAUUCCUCCAUAAACCAGGAAAACUCACCCAACAUUUUUGAAAAAGCUAAAACUACUGCUUUGGAUCAACUGAAAGGCAAUGCAAGUGCUAACGUGGACUACUCCCAUAUUUAUAGAUACAAAACCCGUGCGGAACUUGUGCGAGUCUCUGCAGCAGUGAUGGGCAUUGAGUUUUCAUAUGCAGCGGAAACAGCUUUCGUGUCGCCAACAUUACUUAAAAUUGGCGUGGAGCAUCAGCACAUGACUUUGGUGUGGGCUCUCUCACCUCUGGUUGGAUUUUUUCUGUGCCCUAUUUUGGGGUCAUUUUCAGAUCGCUGCAAGUUAAAUAUGGGACGACGGCGACCAUUCAUAAUUAUAUUGUCUAUUGGGGUUUUUCUGGGUUUGAUCUUGGUGCCAAAUGGGGAAAACUUAGGAUAUUGGUUCGGUGACAUCGAUCCACACUUGCAGGCUGCUGCCAUGAAUACUACGUAUAAUACGACGUAUAACUAUUUAAAUAUUAUGCCUCAUAGAGCGACUGCGUCAAAGUCGGAAAGUGAAACAUAUGUUAAGACAUCACAUCCUUGGGGAAUUUUUUUUACUGUUCUGGGUACUGUACUACUUGACUUUGAUGCGGACGCCUGUCAAAGUCCAUCGAGAGCAUACCUCUUGGACGUAUGUAUUCCAGAAGAUCAUGCGAAGGGACUGUCAACAUUUACAAUAAUGGCUGGCCUAGGAGGCUUCUUUGGCUACUCAAUGGGUGGCUUAAACUGGGAUGAAACAGAAAUUGGUAGACGCUUGGGAGGACAUGUGAAGGCUGUUUUCACGAUAAUUACAUUUAUUUUCAUCGCCUGUGUAUCAUUCACAAUAACCAGCUUUACUGAAAUCCCGCUUUGGGCACUUUCUACAUCUUUGCGACAAAAGGAAAAAUGUCAGGCAGACAACGCAUCUGUAAAUUACGGCACUAUUAAUAACGACGACGACUGCAAAAGUGAUAAGAAUUACGUAGAGCUGACACCACCGAUGCCAUCAGAAAACUUUGGCGACGUCAAAGAUAACUUUGGCGAAACUUCUUUCACUGAAAACCCGGAGACCUUGAUGCAGGCCACGAAUGAAGUAGAGGGAGAUAUUUCGCUGUCGCAAAAUAACGUGGAAAUACAAUCCUUAUCGCAUUAUUUGCUUUCUAUUGUUUACAUGCCGUAUUCCCUGCGUAUAGUUUGUCUGACAAAUCUCUUCUGCUGGAUGGCACACGUGUGCUACUCACUUUAUUUUACUGAUUUUGUCGGGGAAGCUGUCUUUAACGGCGAUCCAAGAGCAAUAGAGGGCUCAAUCCCACAAAGGAGAUAUGAAGAGGGCGUUCGAUUCGGAUGUUGGGGUAUGGCGAUGUAUUCCCUUUCCUGUGCCUGUUACUCUCUUGUAAUUGAUAAGCUCAUUCAACGAUUCAGGGCAAAAACUGUUUAUGUUGGAGGACUUCUCUUCUAUUGUACUGGGAUGACAUUAAUGGCACUUUCUCGCGCUAAGUUUAGUGUGAUCGUUUUUAGUUGGACGGCAGGUGUCAUGUACUCGACUCUUUUCACAAUGCCUUACUUGCUUGUGGCGCACUAUCAUUCCAUGGGCACAUUUGAAGUGGAUGGAAGUGGCACCGCCAAACUGGAAUCUGGAGUGCGGGGAUUGGGUACAGAUGUUGCUAUCGUGAGCAGUAUGGUUUUUUUAGCUCAAUUUAUUCUAUCAAUGUGCAUGGGCGUAAUUGUCAAAGUAACUGGAACGACUACAGCUGUAAUAAGUACCGCCAGCUUUUUGAGUUUCUGUGGUGCUCUGUCUGCCACAAAAAUAAUUUACCUGGAUCUAUAA